AUGGAAAGUUUUCUGGUUUUUACCCAUAACCACUGUUUCAUCACGCUCUUCUUCAUCUCCCUGAGCCCGCUGGGCUUUGCCCAGGAUUGGCCCUACCUCCCCGGUUACCCUGAGCCACCCCCCCAAGUGUACCAGCCGCCCCCGAGGCCACCAAACGUCCCCAAGAUCCAGCUGCGGCUCGCGGGGCAAAAGAGAAAACACAACGAAGGCAGAGUGGAGGUGUUCUACAGCGGCGAGUGGGGUACGGUGUGCGACGACGACUUCUCCAUCCACGCCGCCCACGUGGUCUGCAGGGAGCUGGGCUACGUGGAGGCGGUGUCUUGGUUACCCAGCUCGAAAUACGGCAAAGGAGAAGGGAAAAUUUGGCUGGACAAUGUCCACUGUAAUGGUAAGGAGACCACCCUGGCAGCAUGCACCUCAAAUGGUUGGGGAGUCACCGACUGCAAACACACAGAAGACGUGGGAGUGGUCUGCAGCGAAAAGAGAAUCCCUGGCUUCAAGUUUGACAACUCGUUGCUUAACCAAAUAGAGAACAUGAACAUCCAGGUGGAGGACAUCCGGAUCCGUGCCAUCCUCGCCACCUACCGCAAGCGGGUGCCCGUCACGGAGGGUUACGUGGAGGUGAAGGACGAAGGGACCUGGAAGCAGAUCUGCGACAAGCACUGGACCAUGAAAAAUUCCCGAGUCGUCUGUGGCAUGUUUGGAUUUCCGAGCGAGAGGAAAUACAACGCCAACGUCUACAAGAUGUUUGCCAGCAGAAGGAAGCAGCAUUACUGGCCUUACUCGAUGGACUGCAGCGGGAACGAGGCUCACGUCUCCAGCUGCAAACUGGGCAACCACCUCAACGUGGACGCGGAGAAGAACGCGACCUGCGAG